AUGCUCGACGCGGCGCUGCACAACCGCCUGCAGGCUGCGGCCACUUCGUCAGGGCAUGCGCCCCUCGUCGUCCUGAGUGACUCGCUCCUCCAGCCCUCGCUCGCCGCCCUGCGCACCUUUGUCCACUCGGCACUCGUCGCCCCGCCGCAGAGCAGCGUCGUGCUCGUGUGCGCAGAGCAGCAGCCGCACCGCUUGCUGCCGCCCAGGCCCACCUACGACCCGCAGCGACUGCGCGUCGUCGACGGCUCGCUCGCCGCCCCGUUCGCCUCGACCUCGACCGCGACCUCGCCCUCGACACUCGCACCGUGCGCGAGCUACGAAUCGGUCGACCUGUCGGCCACAUCCGGCACCGCCGACCUCGUCGCCGCAGCAACGGGCGCCAUCGCCGCCGCCGCCGCACCACCCGCCGCCGCCGACGACCAUGCACCGCUCCUCGUCGUGCUCGACUCGGCCAACGCGCUCGCCGACGAGCUCGAGGGCGGCGUCAGCGACGCGCUGAGGGUCGUCAAGGCGUGCUUGGGCGCGCUCAAGGGCAGGAAAGGCGCACGCCUGGUCGUCGUCCACCACGACGACCUUCCGCCCUGCCCCACCUCGUCCUCGUCCGCCUUGCCGUCCGCCCUCGUUCCCUCCCUCCUCACCUCGCUACUCGCGCCCACCCUCUCCCCCUCGACCCUGCACCUCUCGCUCCGCCCCUCGUCCCACCUCGAAACCCUCGCGACGCACUACGCGCUCCCGCUCCCCGUCGCCCCACCCUCCUCCUCGAACCCGAGCCCGGACCCGCGCGCCCACGGCAUGCUGCGCGCCCUCGCCGCACGUGCAGUCGGCGACCCGUUUGUGCGCCCACGCGGCGCAGAGGAGGAGGACGAGCGCGUCGAGCUCGGCAGGGCGCGCGCUCUCCCCUCGGCUCUCCCUCGCCUUCCGCCCCGCCGCUGCUUCGGCAUCCUCCCCCCCACCGCUUCCCCAGGACCGCCCCCCGUCCACCCAUCCGCCGCACCCGCCGCGUCCGCCUCGCCCCUCACCUUCUCCCCCUCGGACACGCUCACGCCCGUCCAGCUCGCCGCGCGCGCCGCCGUCCCCAACCCGUUCGCGCAUGCCAACCUGCCCAUCUACGGCCAGGAGGGUUACGUCGUGCCCGUGCUGCCCGGCGCGCUGCGUGACGGAGGAGGAGGAGGAGGAACGGUGGGAGGCGGAGGAGGGAUCGAGUACACGCCCGAUAGGGGGGAUGAUUGGGACGAGGAGGACCCGGAUGGGGACGUCGAGCUGUAGCGAGACGAGGACAUGGCUGCAGCGAGAGGUGCGCCUCGGCCUU